CGGAUUCAGUCGCGACGCGGACUUCAACACAGUCGAUACUACCUUUCUUCGGAAGGUGCGUGUUCCGUGGGUACCGUUUCACUCUCGUCCAAUUUUACCGGUAAACACCGAAUCGUUCGUAUACGAAUAUCGUUGGAAAUUGCAUUGGCCCGCACACAUCUGUUAGAAUUGUCGCCUAUUGCAACGUACGAUGUCCAUAUAGAGAAACUGGAAGGAAAAGUAAAGUAGUAAUGGAUACCAGCCGACAAUGUUUUUUGUUGGCAUGCUGCCUUCUCACUGUUCAGCAAAGUUUAUGCUCGUUCGGGCCGGUCUUCAUUAAUCCGGACGCCACGUCGACGACUAAUGCGGGAGCGACCGACGCCCCCGACCAGGGGAAUUACGUCACUCAAACGGUGUACGGGUUCCUCGACUUCACGACUACAAUCGGUAACACCGUUAUGGUCUUUUCGCCGCAAAGUGCCGCUCAAGAGUCGCCAGUGACGGAAAAGAAGGACAUCGCUUCAAACUCCGUGAUAGAAACGAAGCCCGACGUAAUUAAAGAAAUCAAUAUUGAACCAAGUAAACCGCAGGCAGACGAGAAAAAACCAACAACUCACGAUAAGAGUAUUAUAUCCGUCGUUCAAGUCCAUACAAAUACCGAAAACCCGACUACGAGUAAAUUAGAAGUUAUAGCCAGCCAAGUAAACGUUGUCGAGGCAAAAUCCAGUGUGGUAAAUGUUGUAAAGCCGGUUCUGAUGUCCAGCAAAGUGGAAGUUGUGGAAGGACCGCCAAUAAAAUCGACUCAAAACAUUAUUACGAAGGUAGAAGUUGUUACAGCCCCGGUCAGCAUAGAAAAUCCGGUGGUUGCCAGUAAAGUUGAAGUUGUCACCAAUUCUAAAGAAGUCGUCUCAAGCGUCGUCGAAGUUAAAUCGUCGAACGACGAACCCGCCGUCAUCAUCGGAAACAACAUCGGCGAACCCGAAUACGACUUCCUAUCCAGACAACCGUCGGAAGUCGUCGAAGAAACUUACAAAGUCAUUAAUCUAAAGCCCAGUUCCAAGUUCCACCUGAAACCAAGAGCCUCAAUCGACCCGAAGAAGGGUGGCAACAAACGCCAGGACUCGGCCCAUCCAACAGGUCUGGUCACAACUCUCGGGGGCACCGUCAUUAAAGAUGGGACGACAACCGUACACGAAACCAGUGUAAUAGGCACCUACAUCUCAGGAAAGUAUGCACAAGUCCUUCAAAGUACCUCCCACGUUUACAACAACCCCAAAGGCAAAAUCAAUCCAAGUCCGACCCUCAGAAUCCUGAAAACUGCGGCGCCGAAUUUGGGCAAAGGUAAAAUCCACCACAGGAAUUUGGACCCUACGCCGGUCGUUACUAUUAACGAAGACGCUUCGUUGCCAGUUGAACAGUUGUUUAACGCACAAAAUUCGGUGAAGUCGACGAGGAAACCUCCAGGUUCGAAUUCCAAACCCAGAUUCAAGAACAGGCAAAAGGAGGUGGAGAGCAAGGAAGAAAGCGAUGAUCCACCGCCGCAGCCCAAGAAGAACAAGACAAGAAACAGGAGUUCCAAACACCACACAGCACACAACAACCGACAGAAGUUCGGUCGCACUGGCUCGAGAAAACCCAAAACUACAACUCCAUCUGUACACAGUGAAGAGGUGACGCCACCAUCGUUCGGAGGCGGUAAACGCUACCAAACCAGAAAAAACAAGCAACAACAAAGAGCGGCCGCCUCGCAAAACUCGGAGAGCAGGGAGAACAAAGAGGGUGGUUACAACAGAAGAACGUACAAACCUAAGGUGCAACCUUCUAGUGUCGAACAGCAGGCCGCCACGACCAGUCUGUACAAGUUCAAGUUGAACAGAUCACCGGGAAGGUGGCAAUACAAGACAACACCCAAGCCUAGGGUCACGAUCAGGAAGCAGAACGAGGAGGAACCCGCGAAGAACGACAACAGUAACAGUGGCGGUGGCGCGGUCCCGCAGGACGGUGCUCCCCUCUCGAACGAUGUCGCGACGCCCCAAGCCAGAUCGGACGACGGCGACGGCCUGGAGGGAUCCGAAUCGGUAGCCUCAAUUAUCGACGACGCAUCGACGGAGAACAAGCUCGAGUCGCCGUUCCCUCUAGAAACUAUUAAAGUCGAAAUUUCCACUCCUCCGGACUUUAAGGACAUCUACUACGAAAUUGCCACCAUCAAGUCGCCCUACACGUUCCAGGCUGGAAGUGUUAAAAAUACAAGAUACAUCACGGUGACAUCUACAUUUGAGAAGAGCUUGGUAAACACGCUAGAGGCAACAAUUUCCGCGACGUCAACGGAACCUUUAACCGAGAACAUUUUAGCGACAUCAAGUAAUUAUGCAAAAGAUAAUAAUUUCUUGGAUUCGAGCAUUGCCACGCUGCCGCCCCUUUAUCUCGGAUCAGACACGGAAACCCCGCCCCUGGAAACGCUCACCGAGACGUUCAGCACGACGCAAACAAUGUUAAAGACACACAUCCUUCCUGUCGUUCGCAACGGCAAUGACACCAUUAGUUCGACUUUAGUGCAGACCUAUCUGGUAACUAGGUUAGUCACGGCCACUAAAACGCUGCCGCCCAUGGAAGCGUAUCAUUUCAUACCGAGCAAGACGCUCAACGAGUUUAACAGUCACUUAGACGAGGCGGGAUCGGAACUACAUCUCGAACUGGAGUUCGGCGACCAAAACGAACAGGACGAGGAGGGUCAUCAAAGGCGAGCGUUCCCGCCAGACUUGGAUCUGGCUAAUAUCGGUUCGGACUUUGAUCUUUCCGACGUCGAUAAAUCAAAGAUCCUCGAAGGACACUUGCGGCCGAAGAAAGCACACGCUCCCCCGGUACAGAAGCCCGCAAUCGCCGAAGCCCUCGCUCCGCAGGGAUUAAACCCGGAUCAGUUACAGCAGCUCGCCCUGCUGCGUCUCCUGAAUCCGGCCGCAGCUCAGGGACAGGUCAUCACCACGUCCAAGCCGGUAAUUAAAAUUGAAACGCUCUACGAGUCGCACGUGAUCCCGGUUACCCAAGGCCACAAUACUAUAUUGAGUACGAUAUCCAAGAUCAAAGGCACCAUCACUAAAACGAAUUAUGAAUUUGGAACGAGCACUCUUGCGCCAGCUUUACCUCAGAUCCCGCAAGUUCCAAUUAACCCGAUCGGCCCAAUACCACCAAUCAAUCCGAUUAAUCCGUUCGUUCCGCAGGCACAGCCCCAAUUUGCAGUCACCACAUCGCCAAUCGUGCAAAGCACCAUCGUCACACAAACACAGAGCAAAAUAUUAAAGCUCACGUUCGGCGCUAAAACUGCCUACACCACUGUUUAUUCAACAACGGUGGUGCCCACCGUAGUUACCACUUACAUGACAGCUUCGAUUCCGGUACAGCCAACUGCAGCUUUCCCAGGAUACUUUCCGGCACCGUAUCCACAAUUUCCUUUUGUCGGUUAAAUGAAACCAUUAAAGACUUUAAAUUUGAUUCUUAUGAUUGUGUUUCGUACUUUAUUUUACACGCUGUACGUUACGAUCAUACAAAUUGGUAGUUCAAGUUGAAUUUUUACGUUCCCAGUUCGAGGCUUGCUGAUACAUUUUAAGCACGCGACAUGAAAUGUAUAUUUGGAGUAGUUGCAGUAAUCUAUUUAUCAUAUUUUGUACAUAAACAUUGUAUCAUUAUUAUCUAAGCAUCAUUUAGAAUUAAUGUUAGGAAUUGUAAUAUAGGAUACAAACGUAAUUGAACUGAUUUCUUAUUUUGUCUAAAUAAGAAGUAUUUGAGAAAGGUAUUUUUGUAUAUAAAUUUAACUUAAUGUUGCCUUUAAAUGUGUGCAAUAAAUAAGUAAUAAAUAAGUAAAAUAUUUA